CUUGAGGGUGGAGAAGGGAUGUUGAAGUCAAAGCCAGUGGUUGGCUCUAGUAAUCUGGAGAUGGGCACUCAGCUUUCUGGGGUGUAAACAGAAGCCUCAUUCUUGCAAGGAGCUGGUGAGGGAAUAAGUCUCAGUCUGCACACUGUACCAACCUGAGACUGCAGUUUGGACCAAAAACUUCACCCUUUCUCAAGGAUGGACUACGCAAAGAAGUCUCUGUGCUUGCUUUCCCCUCGGUCCCUCACCAAGUGUGUGUCAGCCAACGCUCCUCAAGCCCGGCCUUACCGAGUCAGCAACUGUGACCGCACCGUCCGCAAGGGGAUCAUGGCCGACAGCCUGAGGGAUCUCCAUGAGAAGGUACGCAGUGCCCUACUCUUAGCAGGCAACAUCUCCAUUGUCCUGGAUGAAGAUGGCACCACCGUCGAGACAGAGGAGUUCUUCCAGACUCUGGAGGAUGGGACAGUCUUGCUGGUGUUGACCAAAGGACAGACAUGGCGCCCAGCCAAGACAGCAGGCUACCAGCUCUCUCUGUCCCACAAGCCCCGGCGCAGGAUUGACGUGGCCUGUGUAACCUUUGACCUCUACAAGACCGACCCUCGGGACUUCAUUGGCUGCCUGAAUGUCAAGGCCACGCUCUAUGGGACGUACAGCAUGUCUUAUGAUGUACAGUGCUAUGGAGCCAAGAGGAUAAUGAUGGAAGCUCUACGCUGGACCCUCUUCACCAUGCAAGCGACGGGUCACGUGUUGCUCGGCACGUCCUGUUACAUGCAGCAGUUGCUGGAUGCCACCGAGGAGCCAAAGGAGGAAAAUGCGUCGCCUCGGUGCCUCCUGCAGUCCCCUCCCACCAGGAAGAUGCUGCAGUGAUGGUUGGGGAGAAUCUUGCCUGCCACUGACUUUCAUGCUGAGACUUUUGACAUCCCCUGCACAAUGUAGCCACGCGGACUAAGGUGUUGUAGGAAGGAGCACGAACAUUCACGCCCCUGCCUGGCCCUCAGGCAGAAACUGCUGGGGAUCCAGGAAGUCUCACUGCUGCUGUAUUAUUUAAACGCACUCUAAUUUAUAUUACUCUUUAAUGGGAUAUUAUCAUUGCCAUAACUCCCAGGCGGAAGCUGGUUGCCGGGCAGAGCCCAGCCUCCCCUUCACCUCCAUGUAUUUAUUUUAGAUAUGGGAUUUUAGCCUGCAUGGUGUCAAGUCUUGUUCACAUGGGCUUGUAUUGCAUUGUUAAUAAAUAUUG